AUGCAUGGUCAGCAUAUUGACAGAAAAUCAUUGGCAACCGGUACCACUAACAACAUUUACAAUAGCGGGGUCGCAGGGAGAUAUAUCGGGUGGCUGUCUGGCCAGGGAACGCCAGCAUCAGUUAUUGCAUCUGACAUCAUGUGGGAUGACGUGGUAGAGGAAGAGGCUCCGAAGCCGGCAGAAGCACCUGCAGAAGUUGCUUCAGAUGCCCCGGCCCCUGAUGCUGCUGCUGGUGCUGCUGCUGAGGAAGGGGCUAAACCAGAAGAGGCUAUUCCACCACAGCCUGAAAAUCCUCUAAACGCUGCCGACAAAAGACUUGUUUGCAAACAUUGGGUCAGACCAAAAUUCUUACAAUACAACUAUAUUUACGACUACCAGAGGAAUUACUAUGAUGAUCUGAUUAGCUACAUAGACAAACGUAAUCAUGGAAUACCUGUUGAAAGACCCCAACCCCAGACAUGGGGAGAGCGUGCUCUUAGGACAUAUCUAUCAAGAGGAUACAGCUACAGCACUAAGAAAUACAGCAAAGAUACCACGCUCUUGAACCACAUCUCUGUCGGUGCCAAGUUCCAACGUGCUCAUACUAAGUCCCUUAUCUCGAGGAAGUAUUCCAAGCUUGGAAUUAACUCCGUAUACCUAUAG